AUGUUACUAUUCCUCUUAUUGCUUGUUUGUGUGUUUGCUGACAAAUAUUAUGUUGUUGAUGAAAUACAAUCAUUCACUUAUUUCCCCAUCAAUACAUGCACAUAUUAUAAUGAAAGAUAUUAUGAAUAUUUGUUUAAUGAAUCAACAUUGGUACUAUCCAUUGGUACUUAUACCGAUAAGUCAUGCACUAUCAAAAUAGAAAACAAACACAAAAUAAUUGAAGCAAAUCAAAUCACUGAAUCAUUUAACAAUUCCCUUCAAUACAUUCACAUCCCUUCAUCCGAAUGUACAAAUGAUUUUAAAUUAGAAAGAAUGACAGGAUAUACAGUGACUGUAUUUAAGAAUUAUUGUGUUGAAAAUGGAACAGAAGGAACAAUUGUAUCAACACUUCUUAUAGAUAACACUAACACAUAUGUUGGAUUUGCACAUGAAAUGAAUAAUAACAAAGAGUGUGAAACAUACACUGAAUACAAUAUAAUAUCAGAAGUUGGAUGUGAUAGAAAACAUAAUAGAUAUUACGUCAAUACAACUAUCUGUUCAGAAGGAGAAAUGUUUAAUGGAGAAAAAUGUAUUUGUAAUUCAUAUGAAAAUUACCAAUUAGAAGAAGAAGAAUGUGUAUUAAAAGUCGAAGAAGAUAAAGUAAAAGCAAGUCAAUUAGUUCCAGCAUUAAUAGUAGUGAUAGUUUCUGGAUUAAUAUUUAUUGGACUUGUUGUUUUUGCAACAAUAAAAAAGAUUCUUCACAGAAAUGAGUAA